GUUACGUUGUUUUGUUACAUAUUUAUUAUUUACAUGUUUUUAAUGAUAUUCCAUUAUUGCAAUUAACAAUAUUUUCUAUCGAGGAGAGCAAUGUCGAAAAGUCGAACGUUUAAUUAUUUGUGGAAAUAUUUAUUAAGUUACAAUAAUAACGUUCAAAAGUUUGUAAAAUAUACAGGAAUUGGUGUUGGUUGUGCAACUGCAACUGCACUCCCUGCAGUUGUUACAAAUUGUAAAGAGGACUCUGGAAAUAUUGUAGCUAAUGUUUAUGGUGGAAUUCGAUUUUUGCGAUCUUUAAAAAUAGGACUAUGGAUAUCUGUAGAUUAUUAUUUUUCUAUGAUGGGCUUGAAUGAAUCCCAGCCAAAUUAUAAUGCAAUGAUGAGUAGAAUACAUCGGAGAGCUGCAAAUAACAUUUUGUAUGGCUGUUUAUGUAAUGGAGGGUCAUAUAUAAAACUAGGACAAGGUUUGGUGUCUAUGAGCCAUAUUUUACCAAAACAAUAUAUAGAAACACUGAAAGCGUUACAGGACAAGUGUUUGGCUAGAGAUGAUGACGAGAUUAAAAAACUUUUCUUGGAAGAUUUUGGGAAAGAUCCCUCGGAAAUUUUCAAAAGUUUUGAAAGUAAACCUAUCGCUGCAGCCAGUAUUGCUCAGGUAUAUAAAGCUACAACCAAAAAUGACGAAUGUGUGGCUGUGAAAGUACAAUAUAUCGACUUACAAAAACGGUUUAAAAACGAUGUACAGAUAAUUAAUUUCCUACUAAAAAUAGCAGCUUUCAUACACCCCAAUUUCAAUUUUACUUGGGUGCUUGCUGACUUGGAAAAAGCCUUAAAACAAGAACUAGAUUUUAUAAAGGAAGGCCAGAAUAGUGAAAGGUGCGCUAAAGAUCUACAGCAUCUCAAAUACAUCUACAUCCCAAAGGUUUUUUGGGAAUACACCAGUACGAGAGUGCUCGUAACUGAAUUUGUAGAGGGUUACAAGAUAAACGAGGUAGAAAAAUUAAAGAAGAACGGAUUCUCUCUAGCCGAUCUAAAUAAUAAACUGUUUGAAGCAUUUGGACAUCAGAUAUUUCAAACGGGAUUUGUUCACGCCGAUCCUCAUCCUGGAAACGUUUUAGUGAGAAGAGUAAAUGGAAAAGCUCAAUUAAUUUUGCUUGACCACGGGCUGUAUCAAACAAUUUCAGAUAAAGACAGGAUAGCACUCGGCUACAUGUGGAAGGCUAUAGUUUUAAAUGAUCUUGUUAACAUGAAAAAAUAUGCAAAUGAACUCGGAGUAGAAAACUACGAACUAUUUGCUGAAAUACUAACACAAUCGCCCUUAAAGUCCUAUGGAUUUAGACUUAAAGUGAAGUUAAGUGAAGAAGACUUGAAAUAUAUGACUGAAUUUGCUAGGAAAAGAUUUGACAGUAUUAUUUGUUGCUUGCAAACCAUGCCCUGUACACUUCUUUUAGUAAUAAGAAAUUUAAACACGAUUCGAGCAAUUGCGCAUGAUCAUGGAAACCCUAUAGAUAGAUAUACCGUUUUAGCAAGAGCUGCAACAAAAAGGGUAUAUGGUCAAGGAGAUUGUCAAUAUAUUUUAACUCGGGUGUUAAAUUUUCCACUUUGGAUAUACUUUGAGGCCAUAUUAAACAUUAAUAGAAUCAGAAGGUGGGCAAGAGAGGUGACCUUGCAAGUUUUGGGUUAUUUUGGAAUGGUUCCAGAUGUCAGAAUGAUUUUAAAAACUGGCAAUAUAAGCUAGUAAUACCUAUUUAUAAUUUUAUUACGUGUCAAUUUUUUUGUGGAACAAAAUUUUGAUCAUUGUUGAAUAAAAUUGUGUACA